GGCCGCGCCCCGGGCACGCUCGGCGGCGCCCAACGAUGACCGCUCCCUGGCGGCGCCUCCGGAGUCUGGUUUGGGAAUACUGGGCCGGGCUCCUCGUGUGCGCCUUCUGGAUCCCAGACUCGCGCGGGAUGCCCCACGUCAUCCGGAUCGGAGGAAUCUUCGAGUAUGCGGACGGCCCCAAUGCCCAGGUCAUGAACGCCGAGGAGCACGCCUUCCGAUUUUCCGCCAACAUCAUCAACAGGAACAGAACCCUGCUGCCCAACACCACCCUGACCUACGACAUCCAGAGGAUUCACUUCCAUGACAGCUUUGAGGCCACCAAGAAGGCCUGUGACCAGCUGGCCCUGGGCGUGGUGGCCAUCUUCGGGCCGUCGCAGGGCUCCUGCACCAAUGCCGUCCAGUCCAUCUGCAAUGCCCUGGAGGUGCCCCACAUCCAGCUGCGCUGGAAGCACCACCCGCUGGACAACAAGGACACCUUCUACGUGAACCUCUACCCCGACUACGCCUCUCUCAGCCACGCCAUCCUCGACCUGGUCCAGUACCUCAAGUGGCGGUCAGCCACCGUGGUCUAUGACGACAGCACAGGGCUCAUCCGGCUGCAGGAGCUCAUCAUGGCUCCUUCAAGAUACAACAUCCGCCUCAAGAUCCGCCAGCUCCCCAUCGACUCGGAUGACGCGCGCCCCCUGCUCAAGGAGAUGAAGCGCGGCCGGGAGUUCCGCAUCAUCUUCGACUGCAGCCACACCAUGGCCGCCCAGAUCCUCAAGCAGGCCAUGGCUAUGGGCAUGAUGACCGAGUACUACCACUUCAUCUUCACCACGCUGGAUCUCUACGCACUAGACCUGGAGCCCUACCGCUACUCGGGGGUGAACCUGACGGGGUUCCGCAUCCUCAACGUGGACAACCCCCACGUCUCAGCCAUCGUGGAGAAGUGGUCCAUGGAGCGGCUGCAGGCGGCUCCCCGAGCAGAGUCUGGCCUGUUGGAUGGAGUGAUGAUGACCGACGCGGCCUUACUGUAUGACGCUGUCCACAUCGUGUCCGUGUGCUACCAGCGGGCCCCCCAGAUGACGGUGAACUCCCUGCAGUGCCACCGGCAUAAGGCCUGGCGCUUUGGUGGCCGCUUCAUGAACUUCAUCAAGGAGGCUCAAUGGGAAGGAUUAACUGGACGGAUUGUUUUCAACAAAACCAGUGGCUUGCGGACAGAUUUUGAUCUGGACAUCAUCAGCCUGAAGGAAGAUGGCCUGGAGAAGGUGGGGGUGUGGAGCCCCGCUGACGGGCUCAAUAUCACGGAGGUUGCCAAAGGCCGAGGCCCUAAUGUCACCGACUCUCUGACAAACAGGUCACUCAUCGUCACCACCGUGCUGGAGGAGCCCUUCGUCAUGUUCCGGAAGUCUGACAGGACCCUGUAUGGGAAUGACCGCUUCGAGGGCUACUGCGUUGACCUGCUCAAGGAGCUGGCCCACAUCCUGGGCUUCUCCUAUGAGAUCCGGUUGGUGGAGGACGGCAAGUACGGGGCGCAGGACGACAAGGGCCAGUGGAAUGGCAUGGUCAAGGAGCUCAUCGACCACAAGGCAGACCUGGCCGUGGCUCCCCUGACCAUCACGCAUGUCCGCGAGAAGGCCAUCGACUUCUCCAAGCCCUUCAUGACGCUGGGAGUGAGCAUCCUGUAUCGCAAGCCCAACGGCACCAACCCCAGCGUGUUCUCCUUCCUCAACCCCCUGUCCCCAGAUAUCUGGAUGUAUGUGCUCCUCGCCUACCUGGGUGUCAGCUGCGUCCUCUUUGUCAUUGCCAGGUUUAGCCCCUAUGAGUGGUACGAUGCCCACCCCUGCAACCCGGGCUCCGAGGUGGUGGAGAACAACUUCACUCUGCUCAACAGCUUCUGGUUUGGAAUGGGCUCCCUCAUGCAGCAAGGGUCUGAACUGAUGCCCAAAGCUCUGUCCACGCGCAUCAUCGGUGGCAUCUGGUGGUUCUUCACACUCAUCAUCAUCUCCUCCUACACGGCCAACCUGGCUGCCUUUCUGACCGUGGAGCGCAUGGAAUCGCCUAUCGACUCUGCUGAUGACCUGGCCAAGCAAACCAAGAUUGAGUACGGGGCUGUCAAGGACGGGGCCACCAUGACCUUCUUCAAGAAAUCCAAGAUCUCCACCUUCGAGAAGAUGUGGGCUUUCAUGAGCAGCAAGCCCUCGGCUCUGGUGAAGAACAAUGAGGAGGGCAUCCAGCGGACGCUGACGGCGGACUACGCGCUGCUGAUGGAGUCCACCACCAUCGAAUACGUCACUCAGAGGAACUGCAACCUCACCCAGAUCGGGGGCCUCAUCGACUCCAAGGGCUACGGCAUCGGCACACCCAUGGGCUCCCCGUACAGGGACAAGAUCACCAUCGCCAUCCUGCAGCUGCAGGAGGAAGACAAGCUGCACAUCAUGAAGGAGAAAUGGUGGCGGGGCAGCGGGUGCCCCGAGGAGGAGAACAAGGAGGCCAGCGCCCUGGGCAUCCAGAAGAUCGGCGGCAUCUUCAUCGUCCUGGCCGCCGGGCUGGUCCUGUCGGUGCUGGUGGCCGUGGGAGAGUUCGUGUACAAGCUCCGCAAGACAGCAGAGCGAGAACAGCGUUCCUUCUGCAGCACUGUGGCCGAUGAGAUCCGUUUCUCCCUCACCUGCCAGCGUCGGGUCAAGCACAAGCCACAGCCUCCCAUGAUGGUCAAGACUGACGCCGUCAUCAACAUGCACACAUUCAAUGACCGCCGGCUUCCGGGCAAGGACAGCAUGACCUGCAGCACAUCCUUAGCCCCUGUGUUCCCCUAGGCUCAGGUGGGGUGGGGACCACAGGCCUGACGCAAGGUAAAAGAAACUGGAAACUGGAAAGGAUAUCCCCAUCCCCCACGCUGAGCUUGGGGACCAGAGCUACUGCCUGCGUGUGGGGCCAGGAACUCUCGGCCCCAACCUACCAGGAAACCAGCAGGCCUCAGGCCCGCUGUGGGGGCUUCCUUCUCCUCCUGUCUCUUCUGUGGGUUUCUAAAGCUGCCAGCCAAGAUAGCCAAGGCCAAAGGAAGCACAUGCCUCUCUCAGGCCAAACUCACCGCCCCCGCCCCCAACUUUCCUCUAGAGUCAGGCCACAGGAAAUGGGAAAUAGAUCUUAUAUUGCCACUCCUUCCCCAAGAGCCCAAGCCUUCUUGGUCUUGACCAUGAGACCAGAGAUGCAAAACUGGGCACCUUGAGGAUCUUAGAGUGGGGUUGCCAAUGGAAACCCAAGGAUGGUCAUCCCCUGCAGCUGGGUAAAAGGAAAGCUUCAGCCCCUGAGGGCUGUUCACAUGGCCCUGAUCUUCUAGACUUGGCUUGACCCAUGGCAGCUCCUUGGCCAAGUUGAAGGCAGAAUGAAAAAGAGGAGAGAAGAGAAUGCACAGAUAGAAGCCGCCAUUUUGAAUCCUUACAGAUAAUGUCCCAAUGGCUCCCACUCCUCCAAAAGGGGUAAUAGUCACCACAGAUUCUCCACGUUCUGGCCACAGGACAGAGGACCCCAUGCGUCUAUCAUAAAGGAUGCCCAAAGAUCCAUCUGAUAUUUGAAGCCCAGGAGAGGAACUGUGGAUUCCAUGAAAAAUCCACAAGCCUUUGACCCAUGGACCUUGCUUUGCUGGUCACCAAGCUGUUUUCUAAACCUCGUUGGCAUUUGGGAACCUGGGAUCUGUGCCAUCUACUCAUCACCCACUCUCCAUGCCUAGCCAGUUGAACUUGGCCUUACUUUCAUCUUGAAAGAAUGACCUCGAUUGAAGUGAAAGUCAAGUUAUCCCUUCUUAAAAGAGGGGUCAGUGUCCUAUUGAACCGGCUAACUUUGGGGUAGGUGGGAAAAUCCUGAGGGGAGCCAAAUAACUCCUGCCUUGGAACAGAAGGUUUUGAGGAAUGGGAUAGAUUCAGGCCCCAAGGGCAGGGAGGGAGAAGCUGCCUCCUGGAGAAUUAACCAAAGACCCAACACAGAGACACAUGCCCUCCUGGCCCCUGGUCUCUUCUCUGGAGCAGCUACGGCCUUGCUGGGCUUGGGGGAGAGAGCAACGUGUGGGCUGCCAGGGAGGGAGGCAGACCAGAUGGUCUGGGGGUUCCACCUUGCUAUCAUGGAUUUUCUAGAGGUCUGGGACUUUAAGAUUCUUAGAGAAGAACGAGACGUGAAGGGUGAGGUGCAAAGUGUCCUUAAAGAGUGCAUUGUGGGGCCAGCAGGCCUCCCGUGGCCAAGGGUAGAGGGUAAUUUCUGGGCAAGGUAGAGAGGGCCGGAAGUUCUGGACUGAGGACCAGGGGACAACAGCCACUUCUCCCCCCUCUGUCCUGGUGCUGCUGGGAAUCCAGUGAGAAGAGCCACAUUUCUGCCUCCAGGGCCUUCUCGGUGGGGGUGAAGCACCCUCCCUGGGCACAUGUGAUGGAGCCUGUCUCUCCUCCAGACUGAGCGGGACCCCCACCCCCAUGGUUCCCAGAAUCACAGCAGGACGGGCUACACUGGAGGAGGGACCCAAGGGCUAGACUGCAGUGGAGCCCAGGGUACAGAUGAUGGGAAAAGCCAUGCUGUCGUGAGCUCUGCGGGGUCGCGGGAGUGUGCACGUGGAUUUGUCUCUGUAAGUGUGAGCCUGGGGGUUGAGGGGGGGAAACUGAUCUGGACAUAUAAUGUCCAGGGCACACAAUAAUAGGUGACCUUUUGGGAUCUGGUGUGUGUGUGUGUGUGUGUGUGUGUGCACUUGAGUGAACUGAGGACUAGGAAGACAUAUCUGAACCAGCAGUAGAACCCCAUUUAUGUAAAAACAGGAGAAGCCAUGUCGUAACGGGGUUCUGACGAGUACACAGAGGUACGCAUACAGGCACGGUGUGUCGGCUUGUGUGUGUGUGUGUGUGCGCGCGCACACACAUUCAUACACUGAAUGGCAGAGGAUGGAGGGCAGGUGAGGCCUGCAGCACAGCCAAAUACAUGUAAAAGGAGAAGCCAUGUCAUCAAGGGGGCCACGCGUGAGCCAGUGAGCACACGGGGAGGCUUGUGUGCCCAGCGGAGAGCAGGAGGUGGGCAGAACCAGACUGUCACGCAGCAUGGGUCCACACAUAGGGCAUGUGAGGAGCAUGUGGAACUGGAGUUUGUGACUGCGUGUGUGAGUGUGCUCGUGCCCAAGUGUUUGGACACACAUGUGUGUUCCAGCUCACGGCAGGAGCAGAGACGGACAAUCAACCAGGAAGGGGACAUCAGGGUCGGUUUGCACUCCUAUCACUGAGGGAUUGUGUGCCACAGAUAUGGGGAGAUGGCACGCGUGUGUGCACGGGUGACGUCCCCGUGGGGAAUCCCUGCAGGGGCUCAUGGCUGGUGACUCCUAUGCUAUAGGCAGAGUGCCCUGUUAGAAGGGAAAACAGCUUUGUAUUUGUGAUUCCUGAUACCAGGACUCUAAUGAACACAUGUAUCGAUUCCCUCCCACCAACCACAGUCAUGGACCACUGUCUCACUUUGUCAGAUACGACUUCAUAGCACAUGCCACGUCCACGCUCAUGGCUCACACGUGUGCUUCCGUGUAGGACGCUGUACGUGCGUGUCGUGUUCUUCUGAGGCUAUGCACCUGUGGAGAUUGUGAUAGACAAAAGGGAAGUGACGUGGGGUUGGAAGUUUUUCAUAAAAGGAAUGAAGAAUGGUUGGAUAAACAGGCACAAUUCAACGAGGGCAGUCCCCAAAAGGUACUGAAAUGGUUUCUAGACUCUUCCAUGGAGGUGGGAUGGCGCACUUCCUGGUCUGUCCCCUCCUCGCCUGUGUCCAGAGGUGUGGCUAGUGUUCAGCCUCUGGCUGAUGUUCCAGAGACCAGCCCAACGGGCCAGGUGCACUGAGACGGCACUGCCUGGGGCCAAGCUGUCCCUCCCAGGGUGCUGAAGGUGGCGCUCCCUCUGUGAGGUGGGAGGGGAGGAGGGUGCUGAGGGAGGUGCUCUUGAGGCGGAUCAAGAGUUCUUACGGUUGGGGCCUGUGCUGCCUGCGGGGGGUGCAGCUGAGCCGGGGCAGAGCCACGCCUGUGUGUGUGUCGGGGCACACGUGGAGUGACAGGAGGCAGGAAAGCUGGUGCAGAUGGAGCAGAAGGUGGACGGUGCCUGAGCGGGUGCUUAAAUAUCCCCAUCUGGUCCCACGUGCCAGCGCUGAGCAGAAGAAGGCCCUCUCCACAAUGCCUGCGCCUGUCCACGUACUCAUGCUGGCCAAACCGAGGAGAGGCCACCCCACCCGACAGUGAGCCCUCCUCUGCCCCUCCCUCCACCUGCUGUGGGCAGACAAGAAUCCCUGAGAGCUCUGUUGGCAUUGGGGUGGCCCCACUCUGCAAGUGUCUAACAAGAGGGAAAGUGCCCCACUGGCCAGUCAGCUGGACUCUACAUCCCUGAGGAUGGAGGGCCACCCCUCCUCAGUCCAGAUGCUGCCUCCGCUGGAAGAGCUCAGCUGGGCUCUGCCCCAACAGCCUCACACCAGAAGAUGCAAACCCUGGUCCAGGAUGUGGGAGGGGUCCAAACCGCUUACCUCCUAGAAAGCAGAAGUCAGACCAGGGCACAGAUUCACCAAGAUGAGUCAGAAGCCCCUCCCUGCCUGCUUUUCCAAGGUGGGGGUCCCGGGAGCAGCUUCUGCUUCCUCACUCAGCAUGAAGCUGGCCCCUCCCUGAGUCACACCGCCGUGUGCACGCACAUCAGAAAGCAGGUUCAACUCAGUGGCCCACAUCUGGAGUGGCCUGCAUGGAUACCCAUCUGGAAAGGCCUCAUGAUGUGGACAAUUGUAUGAGUUUAAUAACAUCUGGGACCAGCCAGUCCCAUGGACAGAUGAGAAAAAAGAAAAAGAAAAAACUAAUGGGCCCAGCUCUGUGAAGGGGUCUGUGGAUUAGACACAUCUGGAAGUUCCAGGUUGGAUAGACACAUCUGGAAUGGGCCCAGACUCUUGCCACAGUGGAAGGGCCCUGCCCUCUGUCCCCAGGCUGGUUGGACUCAAGACCUCAUUUCAGCCCUGAUUUGCCCUGAUGUUAAAAUUUUCAGAGCUGAGGUGGUACACGAAGUCACCAAACAGUUUUAGGUAGAAGGUUAAUGUUCUGUACAAUAUAUAUAUGAAUGUAAAUAUAUAUAUAUAUAUAACUGUAUGUAUAUAUAUAUAUAUGCACAGUGUAUAUACGCCCAUAGCCCAUGUGUAUACCAGCCUUCCCCGCACGUCUGCAGAGUGUACGGGACCCAGCCGGUGUAGGUGGGGACCAGGUGAGAGAUGGGGGCCACUGCAGCAAGGUCUGGGACAGAGGUUUCAGAAAGCCCUUAGGGGUGGGACAGGCCCUUCAUCCAUCAGAGAUUGAAAAAGAGGGUAGAACCGUGCAGGGCUGGCAGGUGGGCCUCGUGUGGGGGCAGAAAGCAGCCACGGGACCUUGUCUGCAUCCAGGAGUCAGAGGCAGGACGGUCUGGGACGCCUGGCCGGAGGAAGGGGCACACCCCAGGGCUGCGGUCCUGCCCACCUGCAGUCCCCGGGCAGGCGUGAAGCUCCACCUGGAGACACCCAGAUGGGGGCUAUUCUGGGCAGCAAAGGCCUCAGAGUGGUGCCACCACACAAGGACACCCCCAGCUUUGUAAAGAGAGGGGCCUGAGGACAUUGCCAGCAUGCCACUACAAUGUCCUGAUGCCCUGGAGGUCACCACUCCUGCUCUCCUGGCCCCUGCCUAUAGAACGGAGGACCUCACCUCACCCAACAGUUUGUCUCUGAGGCCUCCAGGUAGGAGCAAGCAGCCAGGGGCUCGGAAAAAUGCCAGCUGAGAACGUGGUGCCCCUGCGACCCAGACGCACUCUCCAGGGGCCAGAUGUCAGGGAACAAUGGAGGAGACACACAGGUGAAAGGUGGGAGGCCAGAGGCAGCUCCUGUCCCAGCACAGCCCAGUGCCACCUGUCUGCCCGGUCCUCUGUGUCUUCCCCAGAGGGCAAUUGGCAGAGAGCCCCAGCGAGCCACAGACCUGCUGGAUCCAUCUGUGCUCUGCACUUGCAGUUCUUUAGCCCCUCACGGGUCCGUGCACCUCUGGCCCACGCAGGGGAAGACAGAGCUGGAGUAGGCUUGGCUUCUGUGGCGUCUGCAGCCUGCCCUCUGCUUCGGCCCCAGGCAUCAGUCUGCACUUAGCUCUGGGCCCUGGCCAAGUGCAUCUAAAUCCAGCCCCAAGGAGGAUCCUGUCCUGGCCCCACUGGGACCAGAGGCUCCAGAGCCUUCAUGCCACUGUGCUCCGAAACCCCAGCCACCCCUGCCUGGGCUGAAUUCCUGGCUGGGCUUCUGUGAUGGGGACCUCAGUUUCCAGCCCCUGGGCUGAGCCCCCUGGACAGUACCAUGGGCCUCUGAGAGCCCUGGCCUGUCCCACCACCCAGACCAGAGUGCCUGGACACCCCUGCUCCCAUUCAACAAGGUUCCCACACACUGGUCUCUGGGCCAUUCAGGGGAUGCCCUUUGUGGACAUGCAGAAUUUCUAUGAAUAUAGUUUUUUGUAAACAUUUUGUAACAAUUUGGGUUUCAUAGUAACUGUGUUACUUGCCAAUCACUCUAGGCUGAUGUAAAUAAAUUUCCAAACAAAUCCGAUUAUUUUCCUUUUUAAGACACUGUGAUAUAUCAAAGUGCACAGUUUGCUGUAUGAAGUAAUAUGGUUUUAAAUUUUAAAUAAAGAAAUGUUUCUAGAAAA